AUUGGAGAUUUAUAAUCAGUUAAUUAGCUAGCAUGUAUUUGCAUUCAAAAAAUUAUCUCGAAGCCACGCCCUUACCAAGAAGCCUUACUAAUCAGCUUGUAAAAAAAUCAGAUAUUGUAACUAAAUCAAUUGAGCGCCGCUAUGAAAAGAUACGACCGCCUAAAGUUAAUCGCCAAAAUCCAAUUUCCAAAAUAGAACGCAUGACUACAGAAUACAAAAUGACAGGAAUAUAUGAAAGGCCUAAUAGACCAAGCUCCCGCAAGCAUUCCAUGCUAUUUAAAACUAUGCGGUUAAGUUCAAAAAUCUCUAUUCAAGUUAUGACAAUGACAGGAGAUAAGUUCAAUAUCAAGAUGAAUAAAACUGAUACUAUCAUGAAGCUCCGAGAAAAAAUUUCCACGAAGAAAUCAUUGACCAAACCUCAAUUUCCAGUUCUAAUAUUCCAGUCACAAUUUCUCACAGAGGAUACCGAGAAAUUAUCAGACCUUGGGUUUGAAAACGAUUCAUCAGUAUUCUGAGUCAUCAAAUCGAGCAGACUACGUGAGUGCUUAAUAUGUCUUGGAGAGUCAGAACCUCAUUCAAAUAGUAUAAUAUGCCCAAAAGGACACUACAUUUGCAAUGACUGCGUGCCAGAAUAUCUACAGAGUAUAUUAGCUUGACCAGAGGCAGAAAUUCCUGUAAAAUGCCCUGAUUGAAAAGAGUUGAUAGAAACAAGACAAAUCAAAAGAAGCCUAAUUCACAAUCCAAUCUUGAAAGAAAACAGUCUUUUGCUCUAAAAGUAUACGAAUGUUACAGUGAACUUGCCACUCUGGAUCCAAACAUGUAUAGAGCUCAUAUCUGCCCUCUAAAUUGUAGCUACCCUGAAAUUGUCAAAACAAAUGAAGACUGAAUACCUUUGUUCUUCUGUCAGCGUAAAGGCUGCAAGAAAACUAGCUGUAAAACAUGUCAUGAAGAGAUUAAGACUCCUGAUUCCGAGCGCGUAAACAAAGCAGAAUACAAAGAAAUAAUAAAACAAAUGGACAAGCACUUCACUUGUUAUGACAAUAAGAUUUUAAAGGAAGAAUGGGAGGAACUCUUAAUGAAAGGAUCUUCUAGAUCAUGCCCUCAAUGCGGCUAUGGAGGAAUAAAAGACGAUAACUGUACCCAUAUCAGCUGUCAGAAAUGCUCUACUAUGUGGUGUUAUUUCUGUGGGCUUAGUGAAAAAGAUUGAGACAAAGACCCUAUAUCUGAAGCUAGGAGUAAGAAAAAGAUUUUUGCACAUAACAAAAAUUGGGAAACCAAUCCAAAAAGGUGUCCUCUAUUUCUUACGGGAAUUGUAGAAAUAGAUCCUCGAUAUAGUUUAAGUGAUAGGAAGUCGAAAAAGGUCUUCCAUAAGCUCAUUCUGUAUACUGAAGUGAGAAACUUUAUCAAUAAACAUGGUAUGAAAGCUUAUAAAGGACUCAUGAAGCAGUUCCCACCUCUAUCAGAUCACGGAAUUGAUAUUGAAAAGGCAAUGAAUGCAGAUUUGACCAUGAUUAAGAGGAAGUCUUAA